AGCACACAGAUGGUCCAAUAUCCCACCUGCUGAAACCGCAAGGCAAGACGAUGUCUCUGAGCUCACAUGCGAGCGGGAGGAAAAUCAGAGCUCCAUUGCGUCGGCGUAUUGGGCUGACGGUAUCUAAGUUUGGCUCCACGCGAUUGUCGAGGUCCGUCGAGGAGGCAAAAAACUACCAGGGGCCGAAGCCUUCUUGCUCCCAGAGGACGGAACCCCGGUUCCACUGGAGAACAGGUCACCCCACCCAAGUACUGAUAUAUAGUUGCGGGCUCAGAUGACGGCCCGUUGACUGUCGAGACGUCGAACCUCGACAGCAGAUCGAGAAUUCGCAGAUACGCAAGCAAGAUGGGUGUGCCUACUAAUCACAGGGCGAUCCUACUUGCAGGCUUCGUCGCGUUUGGAGGAUUUAUCUUCGGCUAUGACAUGGGUGUCAUUUCGGGAUGCCUCAUCAUGCCCGACUUUGCUGCUCGCUUCGGGCAAGUCGCCUCUGAUGGCGUCCCAUAUUUGUCCAGUUCGCGCCAGUCGAUCAUCACGUCGUUGCUCUCCGUCGGGACGAUCGUGGGGGCGAUCGCACAGGCAUUCACAGCUGAUCGGUUCGGACGACGGAGCUCCAUCAUCAUAUGGUCCGCGAUCUUCACCAUCGGCACCGUCAUUCAGACCGCCACCAACCGUGCCCUCGCCCAAAUUGUAUUUGGUCGCUUCGUCUCUGGAUUGGGCGUGGGAGGCUUGUCUGCUCUGGUCCCUCUGUAUAAUGGCGAAACCGCUCCUAAGGCCUUCCGAGGGGCUCUCAUUGUCGUCUAUCAAGUUCAGAUCUUCAUGGGGAUCUUCAUCAGCGAUUGUAUCGAGCUGGGCACACACAGGAUUAGUGGCUCCGCGUCGUGGCGCAUUCCCAUUGGAUUGCAGAUCCUGUGGGGCCUUAUCCUUAUAUCCGGUAUAUUCUUCCUCCCUGAGUCACCACGGCAUUUGCUAGGCACCGGAAGAGAAGCCGAGGCUUUGUCUGUGGUUGCUGAGCUGAAUGGUCUACCGGAAGACGACCCAGUUGUCCAAGAAGCGAUCGAGGAACUCGAAUACGGCAUUAGGGCCGAAAACGAAGGCGGGAAGGUGACCUGGGCGGAGUGCUUCUCUAAGAGAAACAUGCUCUGGAAGCGAACGAUCAAUGGCAUGAUGCUUCAGUUCAUUCAGCAACUGAACGGACAGAACUUCUACUUCUACUACGGCGAUACAUUCUUCCAGAGCGCUGGUACACAGCUGUCUCCCUAUGUUAUCCAAACCAUUCUCGGAGCGGUGGCUGUAGCAGGGGUAUUUCCCGCCCUUUACUUCAUUGAUGCUUGGGGUCGUCGAAAGUCUCUCCUUGUCGGCGCUUUACUUGAGGCCGUCUGUGCUGUCAUUGCCGGUCUCGCAGGACACUUCAUGCUCGCGCCCUCGGGCACGCCUCUCAAUGAACUCACGCAGCGCAAUCGGCAAGGCGGCGACGUACUCAUAGCAUUUGCUAUCAUGCACGUAUUCACGUACGGUGCAUUCUGGGGACCAACACCUUGGGUAUACUUGGCAGAAAGUUUCCCGUUGCGAGUGAGACCGAAAUGUAUCGCGUUGGGUAGCGCCGCCAAUUGGGUCUGGAACUUCCUUCUCAGUUUCUGGUCACCGCGGAUCGCAGCGCGGAUCGGUCCUCUCAUCCUGCUGAUCUUCUUCGGCAUGCUGCUCUUCGGCUGGGUCUACACAUAUCUAUUCAUCCCCGAGACGGUUGGUCUCACCCUUGAAGAGGUUGAUGAGCUGUACCGAUCUGGGGUCAAGCCGUGGAACUCCCGCAAAUGGCGUCCUAGUGAGAGGCGCAUCCACGACAAGGCCGAGUCUGAACUGGCCGAAGUGAUAGAAGUGAGGGAAAAGAAGGAUGAAUCGGACACGUCGAGUCAAGCAUAACUGAUCACAUACGGACAUUUGACGGGUGGAACGUAGAGGUGUACACUGCCUUGUCGCCAACAACACGCGGGAACAUUGCUCACCAGUCCCGGUUAUGUGUACAUAGCACGUCGCCUCUGGACGCACAUAUGUACUUGCGGACCGUACGGCUGGAAGUACAUGCGACCUUACAUCGCCGCGAACG